AUGGCGCCACCUGAAAUUUUAAUCUUGGGACACUCCUUUAUUCGUCGUCUUGCUGGGUUUUUGCAGAAAAGGGGGCACGAACACCUCAUGGCCAAACUCUCAUCUCUGGGGUCCAUACGUUUUCAUGGUGUAGGUGGCCGCACAAUUGCGAAGGUUCGGAAGUUUGAUUUAGGCAUAAUUCGCCGUCUAAGUCCUGAUAUUAUAGUCUUCGAGCUGGGUUCUAACGACUUAACCAAACUGCCGGCACAAACCGUCGGUUCGGAGCUUGAAACUUUAGUGCGAUAUCUGCACGACGAGUUUAAUGUGAAAAGCAUUGCAGUAUGCCAAGUUAUUCGGCGGCACUCCCCUCAGUGUGCUGCGUACAAUUUAAAAGUUACCAAACUUCAUUUGUAUCUUAAGGCUGUUCUCGAACCAAUACCUUACUACUUGUACUGGAAACACAGGGGUUUCUGGAACUCCCGGGAAAACAUUUACUUGCCGGAUGGAGUUCACUUAAAUGAUUUAGGCAACUUAAAGUUGUUUCGAAGUAUCAGGGGUGCAGUCAUUAAGGCCGCAGGCCUACUGGGCUGAUAAUUUCACGAUUUUAGGAAUUCCUAAGUGCAUACUUAUGUCGUUGUAAUAUAUAGUGACGAGUGAGGCAUUUUUCUCUUAUAGUCUGACUAGUGCCAAUUUUACUUAUGAGUUAUCGGUGCCCGACUCAUGGCGUAAUUAGUGUACUUAUUUUUUGGCGGCUAUCACGAUAGUGUGCCCAGUGCACUCAGGCCAUUAUAGGACGUUUGUCCUCAAUAUGUCCAUGCACCAUAUCCUCUAUAUUUUGUUUGUCGCUUGAGACUGGCCUGUCAGAAUUUUUGCCUCAAGUCACAUGUUUAUUUUGUGAUAUAGUGAUACCCGACACAUAAUUUUUGCGCCCGGUGAACCUUGGUGCGCCUAUCUCUAUUGUUUUGUGUCCAUGUAUCAUAUAUCCACAUUUUUCCUCUAUUGCAUUCGAUCCGUUGCGUACACCAAAAUUUGGCCGGCUGCCUGCAACCCGUUUUUACUCUCUUUACUAUGCUUUGUUUAAUUACUUAUGUUAGUGGUCUUAGUCAUGCGUUACUGGUCAUUUAUGUUGUGCGGUUUAUUUAAGUCAUGCCUCCUAAGAGAAAAUCAGCUAGACAGGCGGGUAGGUCAGCUGCCAAGAUCACAAAACGAGCGACCCCAUCCUCUAGUGCCUCGAGUGACCUGGCCGAGGUUUCAGCAGCGCAACAAACAGCUGAACCUGUGAACCUCGUGGACUUAACGAGCGUGGUCACAUUGGCAGUGACAGAGGCCCUGAAAGCAGUUGGAGUUGGGCAAAGACCCCAUUAUCCAGUCCCCCCACGGUUAACCCAAGUCCUGGGCCUGUAG